CGCACCACUGUGACUGCCCGUAUGCUCAUUGCCAGCACUGUGGAGUGUGCAAAGAAGAGAGAGAGGGAGAGAGAGAGAGUAAGAGGAGAGAGGUGGAGGGAAUAUAGCUGUAUUUGGAUACAACUGGAAAACAACCAAGCGCGCACAGCACGCACCCGAGCGGAAGGCACAUCGACGGUGCGUAGCCUGCAUUUCUCCUUCUCCCCGUCCCCACUGCGAUCGGAUUGAGCCGAGAAUGGAGCUCCCUGCCGCCGGAGAGCACGUCUUUGCGGUAGAGGGCAUCGAAAAGAAGCGCAUACGGAAGGGCAAGAUAGAGUACCUGGUCAAGUGGCGAGGAUGGUCUCCAAAAUACAACACAUGGGAACCAGAGGAAAACAUCCUUGACCCGCGUCUCCUGGUCGCGUUUCAACACAGGGAGAGGCAGGAGCAGUUGAUGGGAUAUCGUAAACGGGGGCCAAAACCAAAACAUCUUUUACUUCAGGUGCCCUCAUUUGCCAGAAGAUCAAGCAUUCCUGCAGGUUUUGAGGAAACAUCUCCGGAUGCAGACGGCAACACCAAGUCUGAUCUCAUCCAGGUCCAGCGGUCCCAGCCUCAGCAGUACCAGCUGAACAGCAAGAAGCACCAUCAGUACCAGCCCAGCAGCCAGGAGGUACCUGCUGACCAGCUAGCCAACAGCAAGAAGAAGUUCAUCUACCAGCUUAACAGCAAGAAGCACCACCACUAUGAGCCGGACCCAAAUAUGUACGAUACACAGGCAUCUAGGCUCAAAGAGGUGGUCAAGGUUCAGGAAUCAGCCAAUAAACCAUCAAAUCCCGGCUGGAACUUACCCCUGGCCCUGCAACAGAAAUGGGUCCGGGACAAAGACACAGGCUGCUUGAGCAAAGUCAAAGAGCUGGCAGUGGAAGUGAGGAAACCAGCUGUAAAAGAGGCAGAGAGUGAGCACGCCCUUAAACCUAACCCUAAGGACGCUACCCUGCCAAAUUCUGGUAACAGCAAAAUGAAGAUAAUCAAGAAUAAAAACAAGAAUGGACGUAUUGUUAUUGUCAUGAGUAAAUAUAUGGACAGCAACAAGGUUCAUGGAACAAAGGGUAAACAUGGGGAGUCCUCACGAGAAGAGAAACCCCAAAAUACCAAACCGUCAGAAAACAAUCCAGCAAAUAGAACCAAAAUGGUGGAGCACCCAGAGAACGGCAUCCCAAAAGAACUUUGUAACGGCAGUUCCCUCUCUGUCGCAGAGCAUCCCAUAAAGUGUUCCCCAAAGGACAGGCAUUUCUCCAAACCUUCGCCAAGCACAGCAGAGGAAUACAACACGGAAGUGGCUCGCGGUCAGGCGGAUUUACCGGAUGAUUUGCCCCUACAGCUGACCGCCAGCUCUCCUCCGACGUCUUGGCCCGUUGACACCAACAUCCCAACCAUAACGGCUGUCGACCAGAUCAGGAUCCCUUCCUUUCCCGGGGACCGCAAGAGAAAGCUCUCAGAUCCCGUGGAGGACAGGAGUGUUGCCAAAAUAUACUUGACUUCAAGGAGCUUCAGUGGGCCCAGCACAGUGGUUACACCACCUCAGGACAAACCCAUGGACCUCCACUGUAGCGGGACACGACAGAGUAGUACAUGCACUUACGAGGCUAUGGGCAGCCAAGAGGAGCCGAUGGACCUCAGCUGCCCUAAAGCUAAGAAGAAUGUUGAGGCAGAAAUACAGCCAGAGCCUGAGUAUGAGCCUGUGCUUGAGCCUGCUGUUAAAGAUACACCCCCUAUGACAGAGGACACACAGAAAUCCACGGAGAAAUCUACAGAAGCACCUGUUGAAAAGACCCCCUUCAUGGGAAAUAUCAUCAUCACCGACAUCACAACGAACAGUCUCACAGUCACCUUCAAGGAAUAUGUUUCUUUUUAAGAAACGGCUUAUAGCAUGGGACUACCAGUGACCGACUGGACGAUCCUGUCAAUAUGUGCAUAUGUAAAAACAUCAGAAUUUUGUAUAUAUGGAAAUUUAUAAUUUAUCAUUCAAAUCCAAUAUGUUUCUUAUGAUGUUUUAUACUGUAACUCCUCUGUGAUAUUGUAGCCAAGAAAGUGCCCUCGAGGAUUUGAGCGAAUGCGUUCAGGUGGAAGUAUCCCAGUUAAAAAAGAAAAGAAAAAAAAAAUUCUUCAAAUGGAGCUUGAUGGGAUACUUUUGCUGUUGUUUCAUACUUGUACCAAACUUUAAAACCUGAGAUGUAUGAAGGUUUAUACAUAUUUUGUAUUAAUAAUAUCUCUGAUUUUGGUCCUGAUUAGAAGGUCGAGAGGAAGUUGUUGGAGUUUACGGUGAUCAAAGAUCAAAUUGAAAGCACUUAAUUACAUUUUGAUACGUUUGCUUGUGUCCUUGCCGGAGUAACAGCUAGCCGCUAUAGUGUCACGGAUUCUUUUUGUUUUUGACAGGUACCUUUUGACUCGAUUGGCAACUUUUUUGUUGCAUGUUCUGCUCAUGGCUUGUUCCAGGAAACAAUUAGCCAUGUCAUGUGAAUUUAAAAAACAGGUGUGUCUGAAUACAGUGUAAACACAGCGACAAAUGUAGGACAGACAUGACUGUGUCAACAAUGUCCCAUUACGUUUCCGUCUCCUCGUCUUUUAGAUCAGGCAAAGCCACCAGUGGUUCACACAUUGCAACCCAAUCUAUAUUGCACAAUUCCUAUUUAGGACACAUAAUAGGAAUAAAACUUGGCAUGUACACUCUCAGAGGUCAGUUACCCAUUAUGAAAAGUUGGUCAUUUAUAAAACAUGCGACAUCCUGUUAUGAGUUACUGGUUGUCGGCGUGAUAAGAUUGUGAUUUAUUUCAACGUUGUCUCUCACGGGCGAUUCAACGCGUGCAAGCUACUCUGAUUAUGCUGCUGAAAAUUCAAAUAUCAGAGCUGUUGGAUGUAACAACGGCCUUCUACGCACAUUUAAUGCAAAACCAGUGAGAAUGCUAAAAUGGUAUAGUACUAAAAAAAAGAAGAAAGAGUGCAUAUUUAUUGACGUUCCAAAACAGUUCCAAGCUGCAUCAGAAGCUGCAAGUGAUUCCACUGAACAGUUCCACCGCUUUGAAUGAGUGUGCCGCCGUUCUUCUUCUUCCUUUUCUUUCUCCGUUCUUGUCCAGUCUUUAUUGCACUCCGUUCAAAGUGAAAAUGAUUGUCAUAAAGUCUGUUAUACUAGGAGCUGGCUGAGUUAUUGUCGUUGGCACGGCUCACUGGAUGGUAUGUUUCACAAUAAAGAAAGAGAUUUGACUUCUGGUA